AUGGCCGAGUGUCAGAGUGAAGUGGAGUUUCUGUACAGUGAGGAACAGAGGUUAGCACUGGAGAAGCUGCUGGAAGAAGGAGCACACUGCUUCACAACCAACCGAGUUCAGCCGUUUUUAUCUGACCUGGAGCUCGCUCAGCUCCUUCCAGCUUCUCCUGAUCACUUUGAUGGUUUUAAUGGGGACAGUGAUGGAACACAUUUAUCUCUGCAGUACUGGCCAGAGCGCUCGGACUGCUCACUCCCACAGUUAGAUCUGGGCUGGCCGCCACGCGCCUUCUACCACGGAGUGACCAGAGUCUCUGUGCACCCGCCUCUGCCUGGUCAUUCGCAUAUCAAAGAAAUCGUUCGGAAAAUGAUAGCACAAGCACGAAAGGUCAUUGCAGUGGUUAUGGAUUUGCUUACAGAUGUGGACAUCUUUAAGGAUCUUUUAGAUGCAAGCUUUAAGCGUAAGGUGGCUGUAUAUAUCAUACUGGAGGCUACCGGGGUUCCCCAUUUCUUGAACAUGUGUGAGAGAGCAGCAAUGCACACCGGACACCUCAAGAACCUAAGAGUGCGAAGCAUUGGAGGAACUGGGUUUUUCGCUCAUUCAUCAAAGAAAGUAUGUGGGAGCCAAAGUCAAAAAUUCAUGUUUGUUGAUGGAGACAAAGCAGUGACCGGGUCAUACAGUUUUACAUGGUCUGCCUCCAGACUUGACAGAAGCAUCAGUACAGUGCUCACAGGACAAGUUGUGGAAUUAUUUGACCUGUUAUUCCAGGAUCUGUAUGUGAUGUCUAAUGCGGUUAACGUAAACAAGAUUAAACUUGAAAAUGAGCCCAAGCGAGUACCUCUAAACCAAAUCUCUAAACCAUCACCUACACUGCCAUCAGACAUCAUUGCUCUCAAACUCAACAACCCCAAAUAUGCUCUGGUGUGUGGUAAUGUGACUGUCAGAAGCAACUGUUUGCCAUCUGAGAAAUGCACAGCCAAGACUGACUGUACUGAACAAAUAAAAGAGGUGUUUCCACUUGUUCACCCUGGACUGCUUCACCUAGACAAAGCCAACAUGAUUGACUACCUUCCUGUUUGGCCCAAGCCUGACCCACCGAGUGAUGUGAUAGGAUUUAUUAAUAUAAGAGAAUAUAAGGAACCACUACAAGCUCAUCCCAUGCGGUCAGAGUUGUUUGAGGUCUCACAAGCUAUUCGAUUCAAAAAUCCAAUAGAGCUUCCAGAAAAGUAUCUGUCUGAAAGGUCUCACCCCAGAUCUAGACUUAAGUCCUCUUCACUUUCUGCUGCUUCAGCUAAUGAACAACCACUUAUUCAACCCCUGUAUUUGCUGAGGAGGGACCAGGAUUGA